AUAAUUCCAAACAACUCUUGACAUCCUGUGUCUUUGGAGAAAUGAACAGUUCUUUGAAAUUAUUUGGCAACUAAUAAAAAAUUCAUAGUAAGGUAAAAUUUAGAGAAAUUAAUUGUAAUUUGGGAGUUCUGUUUUAAGAUAAACUAAAUUAAUGUGAUGGCUUUAUUUAAAAUUUUAUAUGUGACUAUAAGAUAGAUAUACAGUGGAGGCAAUUUGUAGACAGCUUUAUUUAUGCAUUGUUUGAAAUAUUUAGUUUCUAAAGUAUUUCUGUUGUAAAAUGCCACUGUACAAAUUAGCAGAAAUAGAUUUUUAUGAAUACACAAAUCUAUUAUUUGCUUGUCAGCUUUAGUUUUAGAUUUAAUUUUGCUUAAAUCAUCCAUUCAGAAUUGCUAAUUAUGUUAAUGGUUAAUUAAAAUAUUUCAAAAUUAGUCUUGGAAACUUUCUUUUAAACUUUCUUUUUAAGUUCUUUCUUUUUGGAGAUUUUAUUUGGAAGUUCUCAUAGAAAACUAACACAGAACCUUCUUCUGUUCUUUAAGUGUAGUGACAGCAUUUAUCCACACACAGGUUGGUUUGCUAACAAUCUAAAUGAAGUGGGAGUCUAAGACAGAAGUCUCAUCUUGACCACACAGAUGCCAUCACAUAGCUCAGAAUCUUGGGUCAUUGACUGCAGGGAUGAGAUAAAUAUGAAAAUACUCUAUUUUUAAAGUAUUUACAUUAUUCAGAUAAUAGUAUAUAAAAUGAUCUUUCAUAUUCAUAAUUACUAUACCAAAUAUUCAGUAUAUGUCCUGGGCAAAUUGACCAAAAUGGGAAGGGCUGGAUUCUGCUCUCUUCCACGAAGAGUAAAUGGGACUGGCUAAGAUCAAAGUCUGAGGCUUCCAUCACUAGUCAGUCCCUUUUUGCUUUCUUUUACGACCACAUGAAACUUGAGAAGCCACCUAAAGCUAUAUCACUUAGUGGAGUUGGGCAGUUCCCAGGUGUCCAACAAGAAGGCCUGGUUUAGGCUGCGAUGGCCACUGUCAUUCCUGGUGAUUUGUCAGAAGUAAGAGAUACCCAGAAAGCCCCUUCAGGGAAACGUAAGCGUGGUGAAAGCAAACCAAGAAAAAACUUUCCUUGCCAACUGUGUGACAAGGCCUUUAACAGUGUUGAGAAAUUAAAGGUUCACUCCUUCUCUCACACGGGAGAGAGGCCCUACAAGUGCACACACCAAGACUGCACCAAGGCCUUUGUUUCUAAGUACAAAUUACAAAGGCACAUGGCUACUCACUCUCCUGAGAAAACCCACAAGUGUAAUUAUUGUGAGAAAAUGUUUCACCGGAAAGACCAUCUGAAGAAUCAUCUCCAUACACACGACCCCAACAAAGAGACCUUUAAAUGCGAAGAGUGUGGCAAGAGCUACAACACCAAGCUUGGCUUUAAGCGACACUUGGCCUUGCAUGCUGCCACCAGUGGUGACCUCACCUGCAAGGUGUGUUUGCAGACUUUUGAGAGCACGGGUGUGCUCCUAGAGCACCUGAAAUCUCACGCAGGCAAGUCGUCUGGGGGUGUGAAAGAGAAAAAGCACCGGUGUGAACACUGCGAGCGCAGGUUCUACACCCGCAAAGACGUCCGGAGACACAUGGUGGUGCACACAGGAAGGAAGGACUUCCUCUGUCAGUACUGUGCACAGAGAUUUGGGCGAAAGGAUCACCUCACUCGACACAUGAAGAAGAGUCACAAUCAGGAGCUUCUGAAGGUCAAAACAGAACCAGUAGAUUUCCUGGACCCGUUUACCUGCAACAUGUCUGUGCCUAUCAAAGAUGAACUCCUGCCGGUCAUGUCCUUACCUUCCAGUGAACUCUUGUCAAAGCCAUUCACAAACACUUUGCAGUUAAACCUCUAUAACACUCCAUUUCAGUCUAUGCAGAGCUCUGGGUCUGCUCACCAAAUGAUAACAACUUUACCUUUAGGAAUGACAUGCCCCAUAGAUAUGGAUGCUGUUCACCCCUCUCAUCAUCUUGCUUUCAAAUGCCCAUUCAGUUCUACCUCAUACGCAAUCUCUAUUCCUGAAAAAGAACAGCCAUUAAAGGGGGAAAUUGAGAGUUACCUGAUGGAGCUACAAGGUGGUGCACCAUCUUCAUCCCAGGAUUCUCAAGCAUCGUCAUCUAAGUUAGGGUUAGAUCCUCAGAGUGGGUCCCCAGAUGAUGGUGCUGGGGACCUUUCCAUGUCAAAGAGCUCUAUCUCUAUCAGUGACCCCCUCAACACACCAGCAUUGGAUUUCUCUCAGUUGUUCAACUUCAUACCAUUAAAUGGUCCCCCUUAUAACCCACUUUCAGUGGGCAGCCUUGGGAUGAGCUAUCCCCAGGAUGAAGCGCAUUCUUCUGUUUCUCAGCUGCCUACACAAACACAGGAUCUUCAGGAUCCUGCAAACACAGUGGGUCUUGGUUCUCUGCACUCACUGUCAGCAGCUUUCACCAGCAGCCUAAGCUCAAGCACUACCCUGCCCCGUUUCCACCAGGCAUUUCAAUAGAGUCUGGCCCAAGGGAUUCAGCCGGAGGUGCUUGUGAUGCCCCGCUUGUGAUGCCCAUUUAUAUUCUAGUGCCUACUUUAACACAAUACAAAAACUUCUGCUUUUGUAUAAUAUCAGGUUUUAUGAAGCCAGUAAAUAAUAGGAACUAGCCUCUUCGAUAAGCUUUGAAAUCGUUCGUGUUUAACUACAUUUGCUAUUUCUCCUAUUUUCUUGCCAGUUGUCAUAGUCUUGGAGUUUUAUUUCAUAUAGGAGCGCCAUUAUUAUCACUAAAUUUUACAAGUCCUGUGUUCAAAUUACUGUUAGAUGUUAAAUUUUUCAUUUUUGUCUAAUAGCAAUGGGCAUUGGACAUUUUUUUUUUGCAAAUAUGCAGUACAAUGUAAAUCUUAUGAAAUGUGUGUGAAUAACUGAAGUGUUUCACAUUUUUUUACUAGCCACUAAAUGGAUUCAUAAUCAAGUGUGUUUUAAAUGAGUUAAGAAUCCAGUUUGAGGAGAGUAUAGUGGUUUCUUAAAUAGACCAUAAUUUCAGAUCAAUAUAUUUUGAAGACUGCUAUUGUCUGGCAAAAAAUAUUACAAGAAGCUUCAGUAUCUAUCGAAAAGAAAACCUAGAGAGGUCGCAGGGUGUUCUGUGUCAACACUAGCCCUCAGGCUGGUUUGCUGCAUUUCAACCAUCUUUACAUUAACAGUGUGUGGCACCGGAGUCAUCAGGAUCAGUGUAGAAGUGUUUUGUUGUAUGCCUGUCACCUUUCAUACCCCAGGAUGGCUUCAGUAUACCAGCAUUCUUACUUUGCAUGUUGGUCCACAGUUAGUCCAGAGUCUUAAAGCCAUUGUGUGACAAUAGACAGUAAAUAUGUGAAACCCAGAGUGGCAGGGCUGCCUCAAUCGUCGGGGUGAUAGACUCCUCAACAGGAAGAUGGAUAUAAAAUAUACAGCCAAACCCCAAAACUUGCCUAAAGAAUUUCCACUGUUGCCAGAGCUGAAAACUGGACUCCUUGGGUGCAGAGUAAAAGCCUAUCGCAUCACUUCUAAAGCAGUCUUGCCCCAGUGCGCUCUUGCUCAGUGCAUAUCCAUCUUUCCCUGCUGUGUUUGGAUGGAGAACUUAAAAAUUAGACACAUCAGAAAGCAACUUGAGGAGUUCCACAGUUUUACACAACCAGAAGUUGUAAGACCCCACUUUUACACAUCUCUGGGAAAUAGGAGGAAUGUUAGAAAUAAGUCGAAUCUAUAGAGGAAACAGCGGAAAAUAAAGCAAACACCAAAUGAAUCUGAGUACGCCAAGGAUGUGGCGCUCACUGAGUGAGGUAGCGGUGGGCUUCCUCUUGUCAGACAGCCACCAGGAAUGUGAUCGAUAGUUCCAUGUGUCUCUUCCUAAGGGUUAUUUGUGGCAUCAACCCUUGAGAUGUAUCUAUUAAGCACUUGUUAAUACCUUAUUUUGGGACCCCUUUUGUUGGUGCAGGGGUGUGGAGAGAUUUAUAGAAGAGUAUGUAUCUCUUUGAAGAAGAAGAAGAAGAAGAAGAAGAAGAAGAAGAAGAAGAAGAAGAAGAAGAAGAAGAAGAAGAAGAAAAAGAAGAAACUAUUUUUUAAUUUCUGAGCACUCAUUAGCCCUGUAUGGGGAAGCUCCUUCCCUUCUGUAAGGGCCAGGUAUCACUGCAUAUUGCAUUGUUUACCCAUCAUCCUAAACAUAAUUACAGAUUACUGGCUCUAAUGCAUUAUUUACAAUGCCUGGGAGUAGUUAAAUUGAGGAGAAGUGUAAACUAUCAUGUGAAUGGGCUUUCACUCUGUCAUACACACUCCUAGUGCACUUCAUAGAAUCAGAGCUGCUCUCUAGAGGGCUCAAGUUCCUGGUUCUAACCCUAGAGCAGUAGUUUUUAUACUUAUGUAUUUAAAUUUUAUUAUGAAAAAUACAUUUUAUUAAAAAGUGUUCCAAAGGCAUUAAAAUUAUAUAUGUUAAUAAGGAAAUACAUUUUUAACUCUUCGAGCUGCUCCUGAGCUGUGAGUGGGAGCACACUCACUCUGAAAGUGAGCUCUUAGCUCUGCUUCAUGACUGCUUCCUUAGUUUCUAUGAAACAGGUCACUUACCUAAUGUUGUAGUCGAAUGGUUAGUGUUCAAUAUUGCUUUAAUCACCACUUAAAAAGGAGGGGACAUUUGGUGACAGAACACAAGUAAAUAAAAAACCAAUUUUUAUGUAGAGUUCACAAGCACCACAUAUGAAAGCACUAGUUUAUUCUAUCUAAAAUUUGCUUAAGAAGUCACAUUAAUGACAUGAGACGUUGGCCUUCAUAGGCUGUAUGUAUUUCACUGCUAAUUGAAAAAAGGGAGUACCAGGAUAUAUGAAAUAAAGCAUUUUGAAAUGGGAAUGGCGCCAUAUAUGUAUAUAUAUAUAUAUAAUAAAUAUAUUUUUAUCCUAAUUCUUGCCCUGCACAGAACUCUAAUACACAUCUUCCAGGGUACCAGUGUUAUAAUGUAGAGUCUUAAUUUUCUUUGUAUGUACAACUCUUUUGCCUGUUGCUACCCCCACAGACUUGAAUAACACUUCAAAGUAAGAGGGAAAUGAGCAGAUUUAUUUUUGUUUUUGUUUUUUUGACUGCAGUGGUCACUAAACCCGAUUUUGAUAGAUUUUCUAUUAAAGAUCAGGCAGCUUUUUUAAUUGCACAAUGUUUUAACAAGGACAUUACACAGAAUUGGGUUCCCCCUCCCCCCCAGAAAAUUCUGUCACUUAUUUUAUUUGAAGUAGGACUGUUUAGCGAUAGGUCUUGCCAAUGCCCUUUUCAUUCUCCAUGGUCCUUGGAAUUUCUGAUAGUGCCUUAGCAUGGCUGAAAGAAAAGGGAUUAACAUUAACUAAAACAGUUUAGUGUGGAGUUUGGACCUCAGACAAGAUGCUGAGCCCUAUUCAAUUUGACUUCCACGUGUGCGUGCAAACUACGUACAACUGCAGGAGCGUAAGUGCAGAAAGGCCUGGCACUGUAAGCAAUAUAAUCUAUUGAUAUUUACCAAUACCGCCUUUGUAGUUAUUGUCUCUUAAGCUUUCAUUUAAAAUCCUAUUACUCGUUCAGUUUUCUACAGUUUAAGUUGCCUUAGCAGAUCAUGCACCAGUCUGUGUGCAGCUUUUUUAAAUUUUAAUCUGCGUUUCUUUCAAGCUGUGUGGGUUUUUUGGCUAUUUGUUGCUUGUGCUUUCUUUUUCUAGUCAUUUGUGGAAUAUAGUGAUAUAUUGUGUUAAUUUGGACAGUGACGGUUUUUUAAAACCAUAUACUGACUGAAACAUGAGCCAGAGCUGAUUGCUUUAUUAAGCUAAUAAUGAAUGUUAUAGAUUACAUAUUUCAGGAUCAUUCAUCUAGUGAGCAGUACACAUAUAGGCCAAUUAAAAAUAGAGCUUGGUCAGCCUCUAUACUUCACAUACUACAAGAUAUAGCACUUUCAAAAUGAACCUAAAUUUCUACCGAGACUUUCCUCUAUGUUAUGCCUUUUAUUUUUAAGACUUAUUAUAUUCAUUUCAAGUGCCAUUAGAUGAUAUAUAUAUGUAGGCCUUUGAUAUAUAAUGCUUUGUGUACAAAAAAUGGUAGAUGGUAUUUUAAACAGGUACAUUUUUACAGUGUUUUCUUAUCAAUUUGCUAUAUUGCACAGAAUCAGUGUGUGUCUUUUCAUAAGGUUUUACAAUGGUUUAUUUUUUUACAAGGUUUACGUAUCUCAAAGCACACUGUCUUCCCAGUCCAUACGUAAGUUAAAGAUACCAGUUCACCAAGUUGCUUCUAGCCUACUGAGAUCCAUGUGACACUGAAGGAGAUCUUUUCAAUGCUGAAUAUCCACCGUUAAUGAAGGCAGACGGUUUUUUUUUUUUUUCCUGACAAAUAAGUUCAGGAACUUGGUGAGUUUGUCUUAUUUUAUUCAUGCUAUCAGCAGCCAGCUCUACAGCACAAUAUAGCUCUAUUGUGUAGGCCUACAUAAAUACCUAAAUUGUGUUGUACUCACAGAGCACUCCUUUGAGAUUAAGCAAGAUAAUACCUUCGUAGCAAACACAGAUCACCAAUAAGCCUUUCUACAUUGUUAGGAGCCGCUGGGGAUGGAAGGCAGUGUCUUUUGAUGAGUUAUUGGUCUCUAAAGAUGACACAGGAUUGUUGCAGAUGUGUAAGACACUUCUCUACAUAAGCUUCAGUGGUACAGAUGAACCAGAAUGAAUGUCUGUCUUCUCAGAAGCCCUCCUUCAACAUUAUAUGGGAUCAUGCUGCUACUGUCACUUGGGAUACAACUCUUCAUGGUGCUACAAACUUCUGUCUCAUUCAGUUGUAUUUUUUUAAUCCAUAGGAAAAGGACUAUAUAGGUGUAAAGGUGUACAAUAUAUUUUUAUACUGUGACUUUAAAUUGUCAUUAACAAACUUUUACACCACCACAGUGUAUUCAUGUGCGCUUGCAAAAGGAGAUUUUGGAUGUGCAGAUGUUACCAGAACAAACCCAGCUUUUGUCCACAAAGUGACUGUAACUCAGAAUGGAAAGUGGGCUUGACAUAGGGUGUGGAGUGAAGAACAUGCUGUAAGUUACUAACAGCCCUUUGAAUUUAAAAAAACCUGGGAAUCCAUUAGAGAAAUGGAUUGUAUCAUGCCUGAACAUAAGCUGACUGCUGAUUUUUUUUUUAUUUUUAUUUUUAUUUUUUUUUUUUUUAGCUAAUGAAAAAGUGUUUGGGCUAGUACUCUAAAAAUGUUCUAAUGGUAAAGUUUUGAGUCAGAUAGAAAUGAAAAAAAAAUCUGCAUUCCAGACUGAUUUUGUAUAUUUUUAUUGCAUUUUAAAUUGCUAUUCUGUGAUAUUGGGAAAUCAAGUGGCUUAUCAUGUAUAUCAUGUACUUAAAAUGUAUUCACAAACUACUGUUGUAUUUGUAUAAAAUAUAGAUAAAGAG